UUAAAUAAUGGCUAGAUACGUCUUUGAAUUUGUCUGUUGACCAACACCAAGUCGUGAACGCGCACUUUUAUCGUGACGUACACAUGCUGCGACUUCCAGCAGAGGGUGUCAUGGCGGUAUCUAAUGAAAAGAAGCGUGGUCUUGAACAUUUGGACCAGUAUGAACCCAAACCAGCCAAAUACCUCCGUAGUCUGCACGAUCGUAUGGCAGAGAGGAGACUGGUUAUCAUUCUGGAGGGGGCAUCGUUAGAAACUGUGAAGGUUGGAAAAACGUUUGAGCUGUUAAACUGCGACCAACACAAAAAUAUUAUUGUAAAAAGUGGAAGAGAUCCAGGACAUAUAAGACCAGACAUCACACAUCAGUGUCUGCUCAUGCUGAUGGACAGUCCACUGAACAGAGCAGGCCUGCUGCAGGUUUACAUCCACACAGAGAAAAAUGCCUUAAUAGAGAUCAACCCACAGACCCGCAUCCCAAGGACAUUCACACGCUUCUGUGGCCUCAUGGUUCAGCUGCUCCAUAAGCUGAGUGUCAGGGCGGCAGAUGGUCCACAGAAGCUUCUGAGGAUGAUUAAAAACCCAGUGUCUGACCACCUGCCUCCUGGCUGUCCUCGAAUCGCCACCUCCUUCUCUGCAGGAGAGGCUGUCUGCCCCCGGUCUCUGGCGCCAGAGGGGCCAGCUGCAGUGGUGGUCGGAGCAUUUGCACAUGGAGCGGUGAAUGUGGACUACACAGAGAAGUCUGUGUCCAUCAGUAAUUACCCACUCUCUGCGGCAUUGACCUGUGCCAAGAUCUGUUCUGCUUUUGAGGAGGUCUGGGGUGUCCUGUGACAAACACCUAAUGGACUGCUGAUGAUAAAGGAGACUACAUUUUA